AUGGCGCCUACCACUACUACAACCGCCAAACCAGCCGCAGCAAAAGACGCAGGUGUCAGGAAAGCCGGCCGACCAAAGGGCGUCAAGAGCAACAAGGCCCGCACUGCUAUGAUCAAAAUGCAAGCUUUCUUCAAGGCGCACCGCGAUGAGUACAAGGAACUGGACUUCAAGGAGCAGCAGAAGGAGCUAGGAAAGCAGUGGAAGACGUCGGAUGAGAACCCCAAGAACAACGUCUGA